GACGGAGUGGAGAGAGAGAAAGAGAGAGAGAUGCAGUGCGGGGAAUCCAUGUGUGUGCAAGAAAGAGCUUUAAGUAGAGCGGGAGAAAGCAGAGCAAGCAGCAGAGAUCCGAAGAGUCAGUGUGAGCUUCAGGGUCGGGGAGAGACAGCAGCAGCAAGUCCGUCUCUUUCAUUCUGCCGCCUCUCAGAUCUCUCCGAGCUGAGCGCGGCUGUGGAGCUGUUGCGGCUGCUGCUUGCUGACUGCGGGGGACUCUGUGGUGCUGCACACCGAGUCCACAAAUCUUCUUCUCAUCUGCUUCCUUUACUGCCACACAAGGUUGAAGGUUUGAUGCGUCCGCUCUCGACUUGAAACACCAAUGAUACCUCGGCAGCACACCCUCUCACGAAGAUGGGAAAUGCCUCCGAAACGUAUCUGUUUGUGUCCAGAAUAUCAAAAGAAAAUGACUUCCUCAUGGGGACACUGUAUACAAUUUUUGGUGUGCUCUCCGUACUGGGAAACGGGAUCCUGCUGUUCGUGGCUUAUAGAAAAAAGUCCUCCUUGAAGCCAGCAGAGUACUUUGUCGUCAACUUGGCCAUCAGUGACCUGAUGAUGACCAUCUCCCUCUUCCCUAUUGCUGUGGCAUCAGCCUACACUCAUCGAUGGCUGUAUAAUAAAAUCACCUGCAUCGUUUACGCUUUCUGUGGCGUUUUGUUUGGCCUGUGCAGUCUGACGAACCUAACGGUGCUUUCCUCUGUCUGCUGGCUCAAGGUCUGCUGCCCAAAUUAUGGCAACAAGUUCUCCUCCUGCCACGCCUGCUUGCUAGUCGCCGGGGUCUGGUGCUACGCGGCCGUGUUUGCCGUGGGGCCCCUGUUGGGGUGGGGAGAGUACGGGCCCGAGCCGUACGGUACGGCGUGCUGCAUUGACUGGCACGUGCCUAGCCAGAACUCUUUGGCUAUGAGCUACAUCAUCUGCCUCUUCUUCUUCUGCUACAUUGUUCCCUGCACGGUCAUCUUUCUGUCCUACGUGUUCAUCCUGUUGACCGUCCGCGGCUCCCGCCAGGCAGUGCAGCAGCACAUGUCCCCUCAGAACAAGAUCACCAAUGCGCAUGCACUUAUUAUUAAGCUGUCGGUGGCAGUUUGCAUUGGUUUCCUGACAGCAUGGAGUCCCUACGCGAUUGUGUCCAUGUGGGCAGCAUUUGGUAACCCCUCAAAAGUACCACCUAUGGCUUUCGCACUGGCCGCUAUCUUCGCCAAGUCCUCUACACUUUACAACCCCAUUGUCUAUCUGGUUUUUAAACCCAACUUCCGCAAGUCUCUCUGUCGGGACUUAGCCCUGUGCAGAAGGUCACUCUGCGGGUGUUUGUGUCAGCACAAUUCCACCCAGAAGGGACCGUGCCGGCAACCUCAUGACAAAGAAGAGUGUAACUCUACGCAGUUUUCCAACGGACUACUGGAGAACCACGGCACAUGCAGACACUGUCCUUGUCCUGAGAUUACUACUGCCAGGGAAAACUGUUUGGACUGCGACCCUCAGAGGGCUGCCGCAAGGCUCCAGGGGUCGCAACAUAGCGAGGUGACUGUCAGUCAACUCUCCAAUGAGCAGCAGAGUGACUUUCUCUAGGCUUAACUCGCACAUAGGAAGGGACUGGACUGCGAAGGCAGGUAAGCAGGUGGGAAGAAAAGACACUGGAUGAGAGACAUUUCUCACAAGCGCGCACAGACGGCAACUGCAUUCAUCGAUGAGAAACUACAGGUCAGGACUUCAAAGACCAAAGUUCAAAGAACUUAUCUAACGCCUCAAGUAUGUGAUACUGCCAAAACAAUGCCCCUGUCAUGCAACAACCAACAUGCAAGUAGAUCAAAGUUAAAUCAGGUAAUGUAAACAUGCACUGAUCUGAUCAGAUUCCAGAUCACCUUGAAGAGGACUUGGGAAAUGACGAUGAGAUGUAGAGGCACGAGCUCUGAAACUGCCUUUAAUGUAAUUAUGAAUAAUGUAUCGGGUGCUAUGUUUGGUUGAUGUAUUUAUUGAUGCAUGCCUCAAAUAGGAAGACAACGUGGUUGUAUUUAUUUAAAAAGGAGGAUUUUCCUUUGUGCUGCGUUGGUUUCAAGGUGUCAGCCCAAGUCAUUUGAGGGGAGCGACCAAGCACCCGUGCCGUGGGAGGUUCCUGUUAGUCAGUCAGCUGUCGCCAGGAAGACACUAUGACACAACAUCCGUUGCAUUCUCUCUGUACUCAGUAGGAAAGCCUCAGGACAAAGGAUAGCCACAGUCAGAUUCCUUCGUCAAAACACAUCAUCUCUUUAAAUAAGCUACACAUCUCGAAUUGUACAAAAGAUGAAUUGCACUGUGACAAGAGGUACUUAAAUAGGAACACUCUGACAGAAUGAGUGCUUUGCUUUUCUUGGAAGAAUGACAACUAUGAAAAGGAAAAUAUGACAAACUUAAGAAAAUUCUUAGUAAUAUUUCUUCCAGAAGCAAUGUAUCCACUGUAAUUUCCAAUUUUA